AUGUCUCUAAUCCAACCACAACAAGAGUUUGUGAUUCCUCGAAACCAAUGCGUACCAAACAGCAACAACACUUUCCCACCACAACUACAUAAGUCUUUGAUGAUCAGAGAUCUUUGUGUAGGAAGAAUUGUUUUCCUCCCAAGAAGUUCCAGAGGUAUUGAUAAUGUCAGAUGUAUUCUAUCUCAUAGUCCAUGCCUGAAUCCUGAGUUAGAUCCAAUGGCAUAUGACCACUUCGUCAUGAUCCUUGAUGUCUUUCAACAAGACGAUGGACAAGUAAAAUGUUACAUCUGUUUGUUAACGACCAAGCAAGUUGUUCAGAAAUACAAACGUCUAGAUAAAAGAAUCCCGAUCAAAGGAUUCUCAGCACGACCAAAGUUGUCACUAGAACAAGUAUAUCUCGAACAGGGGUCUAUGCCCAAACAAUCUUUUGUUCGCGUUAGCCACGUCUAUGAGAUUUCGUUUUCGCUUCUGAAACCAAUCAGAGAGGAGAGUCAAGCGUAUUAUAUGAGACUCUUGAAAGAAAGCUAUUAUAAGUUGAUGCAGGAAUUCAAUUUGAAGCCGGGUGUGUACGAAGAUACAGGGUCGGUGAUUCGGUUUGGAGCAACGAUUCGCAGGGAGGAUUCCGGACCAUCACUGAAUGGUCCCGACAGUGGGGAGCUGGGAACAGAACUUCCGGAUCGUGAAUCAUCUGGAUUUACAUCAUCCAGCAAGCUUUCUCAAGUUUUGACAAUUCUUGCUCGGCCAGAAUCUCAAGCAAUCUUGAACUACCCGGGUCCUCAAUGUGGUACAACGAUUUCGGCUCUUGAUCCGUCAUCUACCAAGGCGUAUAUCUCCACAUCGCCGCUCAGGGGAUCAAGGAUCAAGCAGAACAGCGACAAACAUGAGAACAUCACAUCGCCUUCACAACUCGAAUCGUCUGAGAUGGCUCUGCUAGACUCACAGCCUGUACCAACCAACUCCUCAACACCACACAAUAUCACCAUCGCCCCCACUCACACACCCCCACAAUUCCCCCAUCUCCCCCACCCUCCCCCUCUCAAUCUCAAAAAAGCCCUCAACCUCCUCUCAACCCCCCUCUCCCGCUUCCCGCGCCACCUCCUCAAAGCCAUCCUCUUCAUCAGCACCCAACCCUGGGGAAAAUUGUGUCUCUACUCUCUCUUCCUCCUCGCCUGCUACUACACCGGUACGCUAAAAUUCGGAUUCCUAGCUAUCAAAGGGUUAGAUGGAUGGUUAGCGACUUUGGGGAAUUGGUCUGCACCGAGAUAUGUAAAUGUUGUGAGGGUUUUGGGGGGUGGAUUAAGGUUUGGGGGAGAUUGA